AUGGGUGCUUAUGGAUCUAGUUUGGAUGACAUUUUGGCUGAGGAUAUGCAUCACUGGUACAAUAAGUUCAUGAAGGAAUCUCCAUCUGGGCUGAUUACUCUUUUUGAGCUGAAGAACAUGCUACAGAUGCAAGGCAUGACAGAGGAGGCCGGCAGCUAUGUUGACCAGGUCUUUUACACUUUUGAUAUGGAUGGGGAUGGGUAUAUAGAUUUUGUAGAAUAUAUAGCAGCUGUGAGUCUACUACUGAAAGGAGAGAUCAACCAGAAACUGAAGUGGUACUUCAAACUUUUCGAUCAAGAUGGCAAUGGAAAGAUUGACAAAGAUGAGAUGGAGACCAUAUUCAAGGCCAUCCAGGACAUCACCAGAAGCUAUGACAUUCCUCCAGAGGACAUCGUCACUCUCAUUUAUGAAGGAAUUGAUGUCAAUAAUGAAGGUGAGCUGACUUUGGAAGAGUUUAUCACUGGAGCCAAGGAGCAUCCUGACAUCAUGGAGAUGCUCACAAAGAUGAUGGAUCUGACUCGUGUGUUGGAAAUUAUAGUCUAUGGUCAAAAGAAGCCUGAAAAAGAUUGACAGUUUUGGCAAUGCUAAGUAAUUGAAAAUAAGCCUAGUUUCCAUCACCACCUGCUACAUCGAAAUAAUUUCUGAUCAAAAUACACAAACAAAUUAAAAAUAAGAUCAGGUGAUGAAGAAAGAAAAUAUGGAUUCUGUGAGAGUUAAACCACUGUCCAUGUCCCUAAAGUACAUCACUGCUUCUGAGAAACAGCUUUUCACUGCAAAUCAGCGGACCAAGCAAAAUUACUCUUGUGUACACAAAAUGAACUGGAGGAAAAAAAUGAGCUGGAUUCUCAUUCUGAAAUACCGUAGAUGAUCCACUGUGGGCUUUAAGGACAGAGCCUUUAUUACAGAUGUUUGUAAUUAUAACCUGUAAUAUGUGACCUUAUUGGCAGGAUCUUCUCUGAACAUUAAGUAGCAUGUUCAUAUUC